AUGGAUCCUGCGUCACGCCCCAGAUCCCCAGCUAAUGACCUCCGCCAUGCGCUCAAGGUCAUGUCCUGUGGUGGAAUGAUCGGCACCGCUAUUCUCUUCCCUCUCGCCAAUGCAGAGGGACUCCCAUUUCGAUUUGUCACGCUCGCUAUAUUCGUCAUUACGGCGCUCGCCUUCCAUGCUCUCCAUCUUCAGCCAUUCGUUAGAUUCGGACCAUUCACGGCGGCCGUGGCCAUCCUGCUUCUAAUCGUCGCAGUGCUGUCAUCCGGGUCAUCGAGAAAGGAGCUUAUACCCUGGCUGCCGCUUUUUAUUGUUGCGUCGAGCCUGAUCACAGUCGCCCUCCACAAAAUGGCACAGCACAUGGCGCCGGGCCGGCUCUCGAUUGCUGCCAAUAGCGAGUGCGAUUUCUCUGGCGUCUCAAUUGGUGAGCGCUCAGAGUUGUCCCUAAGGACUAUUCUCAGCCCGCAGGCGCCCGUGCCCGCGCUCGAGUCCAACCGUUUCAAUCCUUUAUAUUUUGGCCGCUAUGGGCCAUCGUCUAGGACUUCCCAACGGACGACCACAACAGGCACCGGACUGUCGCUGUCUAGUGUUGAAGGUCAAGUCCAACCACAUUGGGACUCCAGCAUACGUCGCUUUUUCGCCCAGGAUACCUCGCCGGGCCAGGCCUGCCCAGAAGAGACUCAUGCUGUGAACAGCCAAGAGCCUGGUGGCGGCUUGGACUCGGACCCAGAUUCUGAUUCGGAGAUUGGGACGGUGGAGUCAAGACGUCCUUUGCUCUAA